AUGGCCGAUAUUUUAGCUUCAACAACCUCGGCGGUCGGCGACGGCAAAGUGAGCGAUUUGGGUAAAAUUGCUGUGUUUGAUGUAGUCAGAAGACAUUUCCCUCCUGAAUUUAUAAAUCGCAUUGACGAUAUGAUAAUUUUCGAUCGCCUUUCUCGACUUGCACCGAGAGAUAUUGUGGAUGUAAGAUUAAGAGAAGUACAGCAAAGACUGAGCGAUAAGCAGAUUACUGUUGAUGUGCUCGUCUCUCAACCGUUUGGUCCAAAAGAUCCUCAAUCCAUUAGCAUUAUGUUGAUUGAGGGGUCAACAAAGAGUCAUGAAACAGCGCGAGUGCGGACAGUGAAGACAGAUACUGAUGAAGAAUAA